AUGGCUAGUCCCAGAGGCACUAUAUUCUUGACAGGCGCCAACGGUGGCCUCGGUUGCGGCAUCGUUUCGAAGAUCAUCUCGACGCCCGAGCUCGCGGGUCAUCACGGCAUUUACGCCGUUCGCAACGCUUCUUCCGCCGCGGCGCUCAAGUCCACCCUUAGGAAAGCGCCCACUUCUCACACGUACGAUAUCAUAUCGCUAGAGCUAUAUAAGCUCGCUAAUGUUCGCGAAGUCGUCGAUGCUAUCAAUUCUCGCGUAGCCAAGGGCAAGGUCCCUCCAAUUCGGGCGCUUAUCCUAAACGCGGGCUAUAAUGACUUGGGACACGAGUCCUUCACCGAGGAAGGAUUUGAGACAAGUUUCGUGGCUAAUUAUCUGGGACACUGGCUGCUGACCCUAAAGCUGCUCCAAAGCAUGGACGCUGAGAAUGGAAGAGUCGUCGUGGUCAGCAGUAACUCCUACGAUGUCAACCACCCCGUCCACAACAUAGAUGGCUAUUACAAAGAGGAAAAGUGGAAGGUUUUCUUCCGCGAGGAUAAUAUCGACGCUAUCGCAAAGGGCACCUGGAGUAGCAACAAGGAUGAUCUUCCUCGAAAGGCUGGGACUAGGCGAUAUGGCGUGGCUAAGAUGUGCGCGGUUAUGAUGGUGUUAGAGCUCCAGCGCCGCCUCGAUGCCGACCCCGCGCUUAAGGGCAUCUCUCUUGUCACCAUCGAUCCUGGGUCCAUGGGCACCGGUCUCACCCGUAGAGGCAGUUGGUUUAUACGUACGAUUCUUUUCCCGAUGAUUGUGCCCUUAUUAGCGCCCCUGUUGACGUGGCUGAAUCCUAACGGUGACGUUCGUACCGUUAGCAAGUCGAGCAACGACGUCGUAGAGGCCGCUUUUGAGACCGGCCCUAGGCUGAGAGGCAAGUAUCUAAACGGCUCCGAGCUUCAGGAGAUUGUGCCUGAGGCUUUGGAUGCCAAGAAGAGAGCCAUGGUUUGGAGGGACAGCGUGAAGUACACUAACUUGACUGAGCAGGAUACUCCGCUAAUCAAUUGGAAGUAA